ACGAUUAUUUUAACCGAAGAAAUCCUACGUGAAAUUGAGAGUACUGACACACCUGGCGAUGAAGGAUACUUCAAUUAUUGACCGAUAUAAUUUUACAGGCGGAGGAUGAGGCUCAUCGCGGCGAUCCUCGUCGUCGCCUUUUCGGCAGCUGUGACGGGCCAGGAUCUCGGUGGCCAUGCGCUCUUCGUGAGGACUCCAGAUGCGGAUGCCGCACGCUCGAGAGUCCAGCGGGCUGCUGCUCCAGCAUCGCCGGCGGACGUGAUGGCGCAAAAUAUCCUAGAGUGGAUUCAGGGGAUCUACCAGCAGGGCGCACGUAAAAUUCGUCAACAGUCGGACUCGAACGCGUACUUGCCGCCAUUCAGCACCCAGCGACCACCCGAGAAACCCCGGCCUUUCCAGCCAGCCACGAGCUACCCUUCGCCGAGUCAGAACGACGUGACGGGCUUCCCCGUCCAGAGACCAUCAUCACUCUACACCCCGCCGAACGCCGGUUACCCGGUAUCCGGUCAACCCUCGUCUCCGCCGUUCUCCACGCCAAGACCGAGCUUCCCCAAUAGCCAGCAACCCUCGUCGACGUACGUACCACAAAACUUCGGUUCCACGUCCUACAACCCUCGACCCAGUCAGCCAUCGUACACCAAUGCGGGUUCGUCGGCCUUCCCGCCGCUGAAUCCGGAAACAUCGUCCACUUAUUUACCGCCGCAGCCUCCUUCUUAUCCUUCAACCAGCUCGAGGCCACCCUUGCCCAGCUCGACGAUCAUCACGUCCGGCCUACCCUCGCCGGGUGGAUUCUCGACCAGCGGCUUCCAGACUGGUGGCGGUGUCAGCAGCACUUCGGAGGGGUAUCCCUCCGGGCCAAGCUCUGCGGGUGGUGGCGUUGGAACAUUACGACCUCCGGUCACCGGUGGAUAUUCGCCGAGCGGUUUCCGUCCGUCAUCGAACGGAUAUCCAUCGGAACGACCAACUUCUGGCUUCCCAAGUCCGAGUGAGAGCGGCACUGGUGGUGGUGGCUAUCCAAGCACCGGUUACCCGAGCGGGAGUUAUCCAUCCAGCACGACUUCUGGAUAUCCGUCCACCAAACCCGGCAGACCGUUCCCUCCCUUCACUACACCUACAACUGGUGAGACUGGCAGUGCCAGUGGAACUACCGGAGUUGAAACCGGAACCGGAAUCGCGGAAGGAGGCACUGGAGCUGGCGACGAAGAACUCAAACAUCCCCCGCAUAUUCAUAGUCUUGAUGUCAUAUGCAGUAAGACCAUGAUGACGAUCAACAUUGAGUUUAACCGCGCUUUUGACGGCGUUAUCUAUUCUAAGGGAUAUUACAUGAAUCCAGAAUGCAGAUACGUAGCACAAAAUUCUGGCCAAACGAAGUAUUCCUUCACCCUGAGUCUGGACUCGUGUGGAACUCAAUUCAUCAAUGACUUCGAGGGUGAAGCUGGUCAGGCGUACUUGGAGAACGUCCUCGUAUUACAGAACGAACCGGGCAUACAAGAAGUCUGGGACACAGUGCGAAGAGUGCGAUGUCUCUGGGAAGGAAACAUCAAUAAGGCAUUAACGGUUAAUUUCUCAGUAGAUAUGCUGAAUCAGGAAAUCGUUACUUUCAGUGGCGAUACGGCUACAGCAAAGUUGGAUAUACAAAUCGGCAGAGGACCAUUCGCACCUGCAGCAGACGGACUCGUAAAGAUUGGCGAGACGAUGACCUUAGUAGUGUCCGUGGAAGGCGAUCCUGGUUUCGAUCUUCAGGUGCGCGAUUGUGUGGCGCGUGACGAAGCGUCAACCAAUAUGCUACAGCUUACUGACGAAAGAGGCUGCAUUCUGAAACCCAAACUGUUCGGUGCCUUCCAAAAGACGAACGACACCGGGAAUACAGGCGCUUCUAUUAUCGCCUAUGCGUUCUUCCAAGCUUUCAAAUUCCCCGACGUAAUGGACCUAUUCAUCGAGUGUAACAUCGAACUAUGCAAAACAGAUUGCGAGCCUUGCCCAGACGCGAAUCAACAAAUCGAGCCGGGUAGACGUCGUCGAUCGGUGACAUAUUCACCACCUUUCAACACCUCGACAAAUCCGGUUCUACUAUCAGAUCCGGUCCGCAUCGGACGUGGUUUCAAAGUGAUCAUGCUAGACGAUCUGAGCGCGGCGUCUAGCCAGAUCCUCGAAAGUAUGGAGGAGACCGCGAUCGAAGCGAUGACGAAGGUGAACAACGUUUGCAUGAGCAACGGCGGAUUUUACAUGGCGUUCUCUCUCAUGUUGAGCACGCUCUUCGUCGCGAUCGUAAGUGCGGCUGUGCUGUACAUUAAAUUACAACGGAUCCGUAGAACGAAGUGCGUAGAUUCGUAGAUAUCGUCCACGGUAUCCUUAUCGUUACUCUCGCCAGGGAAGGAGUUGCGUAGCAAACAACAAACGCGUGCCAGUAAUCAAAUAAAACUUAGGCAGUAAGUGGCUCUUACCCUAUCGCUUCACAAGCAUGUAGUUGCGAAAAAAAUUGAGGAACGGAGAGUCUUAUAAAGAAUAUGGAAAAUAUUGUCGGCGCUAGUUGGAGAAUUGCGACGGCUACGAUUUUAAUGUAGGCUCGUUGCUUCUAUAUGUUUAGAAGUAAAUUUUGAUACGCGCGUUGACUAAAUGUAGUAAAUUUGUUCUACCCAAUGGUGGGAACAGGGGUGCAGCCAUAUUUUAUGUAUUACAUUGCGAAUAUACUUAACAAACUAUUCGUGCAGUCUCCGGACGACAAUAGUGCUCACAUUCUGCGUAAUAUUAAAUACCGACACUGAGAUAUGGUAUUUAUUUGCAUACUUUGAUACCAGUAACGUAGACUUUAAGAACGUUAUAUAAAAUAAAUUAUAAUAUUUGUAAAAAAG